UAUGCCGGAAAAGUAAAUUGCGAAAAAAGAUAGGACAACAAUACGGUGGCGGUGGAGGGCUGCUUGGGUGCACGGCUGCAUGCAUCCGUGAAUUGCUAACGUAACAUUCAUCGUCGACGGUUUCUGCACAAUAUUUAUUAGUUUCGCUUCUUGCAGCCGUUAAAGUACUUACAACCUCUCCGACGUUGCUUUGCUUCGUACGCUGCCAAACAGAGCGGUGAAAUACCAACUGUAAGCCUUGUGACAUGCUUUCCCCCCUCUUGUAAAGCAGUCACGGCGUACACAGCCAAUUCUCCAAAUAAAUUGUUUGCUCAUCUACUGAUAUGUGAGCAGGCGAAGCCGAGAAACAACUAGUGCUUCAUGGUUUUCAUUCCCCAGGAGUCCUUAUCAAGACAGAUGGAAAGGCGGAUACGAUUAAAAACGCUCAACAAUCACAUCAUUUGCAAGAUAUGCAAGGGGUAUUUAAUCGACGCUACUACAGUCACAGAAUGUCUGCACACAUUCUGUAAAAGCUGCCUGGUCAAACAUUUGGAGGACAACAACACAUGCCCAACCUGUGAAAUCGUAAUCCAUCAAAGCUAUCCCCUGCAGUACAUCAGCUACGACAGGACUAUGCAGGACAUUGUGUACAAGCUGGUGCCAAAUCUUCAGUACAAUGAAAUGAAGAGGGAGCGGGAUUUCUACCGGCGCAAAGGCCUUCCUUGUCCCAAGGCCCACAAUCCUGGGUUGCUCAAUGAAAAGGAUGCGGGCUCCAAAGCAUCAUCUUCGAAGGAGGAUGAGGCAGAUUGCCACAGAUCAGAUGAGCAGGUCAACAUAUUGCUGGAAUCUGACAGUGUCCAGUUGAAGCAAAUGCGGCGCAAGUUCAUUCGGUGCUCAUCCCAGGCCACCAUCACCCACCUGAAGAAGUUCAUUGCAAAGAAGUUGUUCAACAACCUUGACAGAUACAAAGAGGUUGAGAUCCUUUGUAACCAGGAGAUACUAGGCAAGGACCACACAUUGAAAUUUGUCUAUGUCACACGAUGGAGGUUUAAGGAGCCUCCACUGAAGCUGUACUACAGGCCUAAAGUGGAAUUGUGACAGCAAGAACUGCGAUGCAAGUCUAAGGUGUUAAUAGGUGCCGCUGGACUAUGAGCUUGGAAAAACUCAAGAAGGGAGGGACUACCGAGUCUUGAAUCCCACACGAGUGCUGAGUUGAUUUUCAAGCCGGAAUUGUUGCACCCACUGGCUGAAGGGCUGCUUUCCAGGUCAAGCAUUUUUUUUUACCCCUAGUCAAGCUAGGGCUAAUCCGGUAGGGAUUACCCGUAGCGGAGACACUAGGGGUAAUAUUGGCAAGCAGUCUUUUCUGUUUAAUGAAGUCUCCCAUUGUACAUAGGUCAUGAUCAUGCCUGUAAAUACUGGAUUAUCCCACCGACGUUGGCCAUGAAAUUAUGUAUAUUUUUAGGUUGCUUGUUCUAGAGAUAAAACUACUGGGCUGCAGUGAUGUGGCUGAAAGAAGCAAACAGGGUGAAAAAAAAAAAAUGUAUUGCUAGGGAGAGUGUGUUGUGCAGUGCUGCAUUUUGAGUUGAAUAACAUCUUCUGCUGUGUGAAGCAGCACAUCAUGUUAGUAAACAUCAGCAAAUACGAAGGUCCCUUUCGGCGUAGACUGCAUAUGUCAAAACUUCUGUAUUAUAGUAAAUUACUAAACUUCUGUGCUGUACAUAAGACCUUUCUGUUGCUUUCCGAGCCUGCCAGGCAAAGUGUGCAGUGCGUGCUGCCACGAGGCAGACAAUUAGAUGUGAUAUGGCUUCUGAUAUUGUCACUCUCAUCUCCGAGAUCAAGCUGUCGAGUAUGAUGGAUGUUAUCAACAUCGGAGGCAAUGCCAGCCAUGAUCUCUUUUAAUGCGAAGCAUUAUUAAGAUCACUCGAGUUUUUGUCCAGUGUCUAGUUGGGUAUCUUCAAUCGCGUAUUAAUGAUUAAAGAAAAAUUACGGGGCUCUUCUGUUACACUUGUGUCAGAAAUAUGCGAAAACAUAGGCAGUGUCCAUCUUGGUGUUUCUAUAUGUAAAGUGUUUGUUUUUGUUUUUUGUCACUGUCUUUUGUAUGUUAUGUUUACUUGUUGUGGUUUAUUCUUAAGCACCACAUUGAGCUACCACCUAUUGUAGCGUAUGGCACUCACUCAAACGCAACAAAAGUAUUGUCUCUGUAUACACAGAGAAAUCUUGAAGUAUCCUGAAUGUUUCAUUUACUGUGCUGUAUGCUGACUCUGAGCAUCCUUCAGCUGCCUUGUUUUCUACCUCCCUAUGCCUAGCCACUCCUGGCGUUUUUAAAAGUGCAGAACUGCACUCCUACGUUUCGGCAUUGCAACUGCAUCUAUAGGCUUCGUGAUAUAACAGUGCAGAACACUGCAAAUCAUAGCCAAAUGCACCGCCCGCUGUUCGGCUGCACGAUCGUGGUGACACGAGUGUGGGUGGUAGUCGCCACCACCCACAUAAUUUUUAAGACCAUUGCGGUAUGAGCUUUUGUUUUGUAGAGUGUCAUCUACAGCACUUUCGCGCACAAACGUAACACUGGCAAUUGAAGUCUUGCAUGAAGGCAAACUUUAUUGAAGCGAGGAGAGGCUAUCGUGCCACCCACAGCAUCCAAUCAACAACCUGCACUUUGCAGAGCGUUUCCAUCGACGCAUCCCAUCCCCCGCGAGUAGCGCCAUUCAGGCCAGCCAAGCGGCUGCAAAUGCACAGCUUCGCUGUGGUCGCCUUCUCCUCCCAGCGUGCGACCUCUCAUUGGUCGCCUCCUUCCCCAGUGUGCCUCUCCUCCCCUGCUGGUCACGUGACCUGCCCUCCCCGGGCGCAGCUCUCAUCCUCUUCUGGUCACGUGACCUCUCCGGCUCUGCUCCUGCAUGACGACGGCCGUCAUCGACGGCGCACACUCGACUAAGAAGAGCUUUGUUAAAAGGAUGGCUCAAUGCGCGCCGUCCUCCUACGUGCCCAAUGUUGGAGGUCACGUGAUCGAAUGUGCGUUAAGGGUGUGGAGGCAAGCAUGCAGUAAUGUGUGUAAGCUUCUUUGUUAACCUCGAAGUUUCAACCCCAUAUGUUAGCACCGGUAGAAUGCAAUGAUUGUACACUUUUCUUUUCAACGACAGUGGUAAGCUCGCUGUCAGGAUUUGGCAAUGUCUGCUGUAUGCACUCCAACCCAAUUUUAUUCUUCUGUAAAUUUCCUUCUCAUGAUCAGGGUCCCCUGUGAGUAAUUGACCUAGAUAAACAUACUCCUUUACAGACUCUAGAGGCUGACUGUCAAUCCCUCAUUCUUGUUCCCUUGCCAGGCUAUUGAACAUUGCUUUUGUCUUCAGCAUAUUAAUCUUCAACCCCACUCUCUCGGUUAAGGUCCUCAAUCAUUUGUUGUAAUUGGUCCCCAUUGUUGCUGAAUAUGACAAUGUCAUCUGCAAGCCGAAGGUUGCCGAGAUAUUCGCUGUUGAUCCUCACUCCUAAGCCUUCCUCAUUCUAAGAGCUUGAAUACUUCUACUAAGCAUGCAGUGAAUAGUAUUGGAAAGAUUGUGUCUCCUUGCCUGACCCCUUUCUUGAUAGGUAACUUUCUACUUUUCUUUCUACUUUUCACCAUAUAUUGGAUGUAAUCUGUGGUGUGUGUAAAAUGUGGGCAAGUCGAGAUGGCUGGUCGUUUCAUUUGCACUGUCCUCUCGGAGCCUAGUAUUGGAGGUCACGUAAUCUUGCGUGUUAUGAAGCGAGUGGCAGUCUGAAGCGAUCGCUCACUGAGGCUAGCACUCUUCUUCAUGCUAGCAUUGCGACAGCGAGUGUUCACUGUCAACAAGUAAGGUCUGUUCAUGUUUUCUUAAGUGCGUGUGACACCAUGCUGGUAAUUUAAUUAGUAAGCGAUUGUUUACUGCAAUUUAUACGGUUGAUAAAACUAUGAACCUUACUUUGUGUAGUUACCUAAUGCUUUGCUAUUGCUAUCAAUGCUUUGCCUUUUGGGCGAAAGUACUACUUUUUUUCUUUAAGCUGGGUGGGAAAGGAGGGCACGUGCCACUCGGCUUGCUCCGGUUCGGUCUUGGCUCCCUACGCAUCUUUCCUCGUCAUUUUAGCAGCACGUGACAUUAUAGUUGCCAGCGAUGUGUCAAACCUUCGCCUUUUCUGAGGUUUGUCCGAAAGGCAGUCCAUGGAAGAUAAAUUUUGUUUGAAAUACCUGUUGCGCAGUUUUUACAGCGGAGCUGUUAAAAGCUCGCUAGGUUGGUCUCGUGCACAGCAUCGCCGAGCUGGGAGAGAGUGAAGUUUGCGCUCGUGCCACUGCUCCCUCGUUCAUUGUCGUCUGCUUCCACAGCUGACUGCGUUGCCACUAAUCAUCCCAGCGUAGAAUUUCAGUUCUCUUCUGUCGUCGUAAUGGGGAGGCCGCGUUUACGGUGGUAGCCGCGUUUACGGUGGUAUGAGCCAUUCAUGAGCAACUGACGACAUGUCCUAACGUGUUUGAGCAAUGCGAACGCGCUUGGGAAAGGGCUCGUUGUCGACGUGCCGAUUCUAGCGUGAGGGCUUCCAAAGCCCAGGCGAACGUCAGCCAAGAGUCGCGGACCCCGAGUUGAGGGAGUGCGAUGUUGAGGCCAAACGUCAGCGUCGUCUUGCUCUCCAGGAACCCGAUAACAGUGGUGCAUGCCUCGGCAACGCUAGCACAUAGCUCGCUAGCUCGGAAUGCUAGCAACGCUAGCGCCAACUUUCCCGGUGUGACGGCCAGGUUUCAACAUGAGUUUCUCAACCGGAUGUUCAGUUGGGUGAUGUCCAACGAAGGUACGCCCAUUCUCAUCGUGGGGGGCAAUGUUCACUACAGCAGGUCCACCAUAGUCAGCUUCGCUAGCUUCCGUCUUCACAGUAGUGGAAGGGCUUUGAAUUUUUUUGAGUUUGCAUUCAUGGGGAGUGUUUCCCAAUUCAAAAACGCAUAACUUUGCCGGGACCAACAAACAGUUCAAAUUAUUCGUCUAUUCGAAUUGAGAGAUUUCAAACUAUUGGGAUUUCACUGUACUUAAGAUGGCAUUAAGUGGUCAAUUUUAAUAUCAAUCUAUUUCUACACUUCGUACAUCAGAAAUGCAGGGAAUGGACAAAAAGCUUUGUCAAUCGACAAAGUGUUCUAGUGCACACAUUGUUAUGGAGGUUCAUAUCACAAUUGUGCUGUAAACGUCUGGGUGCUUAGUUUAUGCGUCAGUCUGCUUCUUAUGGCUCCUUAGCAAGGUACAGCAGUGAAAGGGAACUGCACACACACACCAAAACCUUAAAAAUGUCAUCGCAUGUGUUGUGAGGCAAAUGCUUUGCAUUAACAUAAAUUUUCAUAUUGUGUGGGAUCUGCAUAAUUUUUGUGGUUUGUCACAUGGUGAUGCACAACAAAUAUUGCCUGGCAGCACAGUGGGGAGGGCAUGUGCCACUCGGCGCUCUUAGGUGGAGUUUAAAACUCCCCCAAAGAGCACCAUGGUGGAGUUUUAAUUGUACUUAAGAACUCCUUUUGUUUAGGGAUCUACUAUAAAUACUUUAAAGAUGCAUUUGGCAUGCAGAAGCAUAAAGUUAAUACCCGAGCACUAUUUUUCUUGUCAGUACUCGCCACAGUCGUCAAAGAAGGUUUGUGCUUGGAAAGACUGGCUGCUAUAUAGUUUUGUGCUGCUGAGGGACUGAGCACACCAUUUUGUGAUUAGCAUUGUUUACUUGUUUCUAUUUUGUGUAAAAAGUUGUGCUGCUUGGUCACUACCAGUUUAUGGUGCUGCUGUAUUAUAACAUUUUAUGACCAAAUGAAAAGUUUGAACAGCACUUGUUGCAAUACUUUAAAGCUUCUAGGAAAGGGUGCAGUGUUGAAAUGUAACUGUAGGCGCAGUGUGACUGGGCACAAGCUUGGCUGAACUGUAAGGUGUCUUAUUAGCUAUAGCCCUGUUAACAGCAUGUGUCCUAGCAAAGUGUGGCAAAACAGUGUGAAGAACCUGGGUUCAGGUUGCUAUAUGAGUGCUUGUGUAACCUUUCUGUAUACCCGCUCUUCAACAAUUCUGUGCUAAUUUUGGUUAGCUUCAAUUGCCGAUGCAAUUACACUGUCACUGCAUCUAAUGUUUGAAGCAAGCAGUGGCUUGUUUUAGCGAUUUCGAAGUUGGUAUUGUCGGACAUGUGAUAAAACAUGCAAGAAUUUUUUUUGUAACUUUUUAAAGAGGUUUCUUUGAAACAAUUUCCUUUCUGUGUGUGUGCUGCAUUAUCUGCCAUAUGGGACAUUGUUUACUGUUCAUUGCAUUUGAAGUGUGACCGUACCCUGGGAAGUUGGAAUAUGGAAGUGCACUCAUGUCAUUUGUUAAUAGUAUAAUGGAAACAGGUAUACACUUAUCACCUGGCAAAACUGUUGUUCUAUUUGCUUUUUAAUUUAUGCUCUCGUAGCAUAACUUAGUGGGUUUUGUUUGACACUGUUUUGAGUUGUAUUUUCCUGGUUUAUUCAAAAUGAACCAGAAUUGAAGACAAAUCACAAACCUAAAAUUCUGCAUUGCACAGAGCAGUGGCACUCAGUAUUUCUGUGAUGCCGAAAUAUCUGCCGCGAAAUGCAUAGCAGAACAGCAGCAAAAAGACAUGAGCUUCGUGAUGCUUUUUUGGAUGUAGAUUAAGGAGUGGUGCUCAAGGGAGAGAAAAUUGUACUGCACGCUUAAUAGAACAGACUUGAUUCAUUGCUGGAGCAGGAGCUCAUCUUAACUCUUCUCAGCAGGCCAGGCUUACGGACUUAUGGUGGCUUGGCACAACAUCCCUUCCUUAUUUACUCAGGUACUGCUGAUUUCAUUUUUUACGAUGUUGCUGGAAAUUUUCUUUUGCACUUGUGUGAGAAAGUGCUGCAGUAACCUGCUAACGAAGAAAGCAUGAAUAACAAUGAAAGAGAAAUGGAGGGCAGCUUCACAGGUAGAACCUACAAAAUUGACCGCAUAGAUGACAUCACUGCCUCUUUGGGGUGACAUCCACCAGAAGUGACAAAUUGAAAAAGCUGGCAAGAGUGCAGUGAUUCAAUUAACAAGUGCAUUCUUUCAGCGUACAAAGCAUAUCUGUUUAUAUUUUAUUCAACUAUCUCUCAGUGGCACCUCCUUCCCCUCCUUUUGUCCAACACUUAUGAAAAAAAGCAGAAGUUAAAUUAUCAUCAAACUUGCAUUCCGUUAAGCUGUGUUCAUAACUUCUUCACAUUCAUGUCCACAGCCAAUGCUGGGAUUAGACCCAAAAAGGGGUUUUCUAACUCUCAGUGGCAAAAGUUUUCAUGUCUCUGAAGCACUUCGAAUCAGUGUAAAAAAUAGACAAAAGCAUGCUGCUUUUGAAUUUGUUCAAAAAAGCAGGGUGUCGAACUGGAAGAAAUACUGGUUCAGUUUGGGUGCAACACGCUCUGAUUUCGUUCCAGUUCAGUUUCAGUUUGUAGAAAUAAAAGUAACGGUUCACAAACCAGUUCAGUGUUGCAAACUGGUUCAGAACAUUGGUGAACAAGGAUGGUUUGUGCAUAGGCCCGCGUCAAUUUUUUUUUUAUGCAGCUGCAUGUAGCUUGUAUCUGUGUCAGCUUAGGGCCACCAAAAUGUGUUGAAAGUAUGAACAUCAUGCCUCGGCAAUGAUUUUUACAACUCAAUGGGCGUGGUACUCUGCUUGCAAUGGCCAAACUUACAUUGAACCAUGACUUAUAAGAAAAGCAGAUCUCGCAUUUGUGCUGUUUACUGCUGCGAUUACGAUCCACUGAGAAGAAUAACGCAUUCGUUAGCAACUACAGUGUUAUGGUUACAAGAAGACGCGAUGCUGCACGCAUUGAUGCUGCUCCUAUUUUUCCUUUUUGGACACCCUUUUCCAGUAGCGCAACCAGCAUCUCUGCCGGGGGGGGGGAAGCAAGCACUUUGCAUAAUAUGCAAUUUCCUUGCUUUAGCCAGAGGAAUCCAACAGCAAACAAAAUGCUUAAUAAUUACAAUAAUGACACCAAGGAUGCUGACGAUGUUUAUUUCUUCAGCAUUUUACUCAAAGUAAAAGUAAUGUAAGAGUGAAUGAAUAAAUACAAGACAGUGAUAGCAUUUUAAUUUUUUUGUUAAUCAGGAAAGUUCGACCUCAAGCCACCUCCUGAAUUGUAAUGACAAUGUGAACAGAGCGCUGAAGGUACACGGACUAGAGGGGGGUGUUAGAACACCCGAACCACCCCUACCCCCGUCGGUGCGCCACUGCCCUUUUCUCUGCUCUCCAUGUCUCCUGGCAUUUGUGUAUGCUGCAGGUUACCUUAUAGUAAUGAGUUUCCCUUUCUCGGGCUAGCAUUGAACUCGCCUGAUCUAUCGGCGGAAUUGGGAGGUUCAACAGACGUAAUUCUGGGGAACCUCUAAAACAUUUUGGCCGCAGAAGAAAACUCCAUGGCAUGGCCGAGUUCAUGGUGCAAGCCUCUGUGUUGAAGUGGCUGUAGUUAUCGACAUAUGCAUAUGCAAAAACACCCGUGUACUUAGAUUUAGGUGCACGUUAAAGAACCCCAGGUGGUCUAAAUUUCCGGAGUUCCCCACUACGGUGUGCCUCAUAAUCAGAUCGUGGUUUUGGCGCUUAAAAUCCCAUAAUUUAAUUUUAAUGCAUAGUCUGUCUCCAAUUUUCAAUGUAACUCGUAACAAUCUGGUAACAAUCGCGAUUGAACCUGUUGACCAACUCGUAACAAUCUGGUAACAAUCGCGAUUGAACCUGUUGACCACCCGUUGUCACCCUAUAUGCUUAAAACGUUUCAUGCCAAACCAGUAACUGUUAUUUUGUUUUUCUUGUGUGAACCCUCCCAUAUUAUCCUGACCGUGGCUGCUGCUGGUGUCUUGCCGAAUAGCUCGUACUUAGAAAAUUUAAUUACGUGCUCAAUUCUGGAAUCGAACCUCGGUCCCCCAGCGCAGCUCGAUGCUCUAAGCGUUAUGCCACAAUCACGCAUAUACUUUUAUCAGGCCAACGCCAACUAGCUCUUUGAGAUUAUCGCCACGUGUGUCACAUUGCAUAGCACGGGUGCACAAGAGCACAUGUGCUCGUGGCAGUUUCCUUUACGCCUAAGACGCAGCAAUGAAAUGUCCAAUUUAUAACAUUUUAUUAAAUCCUUCACUUCACAUAGAUUCCUAGAUGUGCAUUUGAUCUGGAUAAUUAUUUUUUCGGUUCAAGUUCAGUUUGGGUUUAAGCGCGUUCCUAGAAUAUCGGUUUGUGUUUGGGUUCAGCUCCGGCCAGAAUUGCAGUUCUGGUAUGGUUCUCGGUUCGGGUUUGGUUCGACACCCCGUAAGAAAGUGUGUAAAAAAUGGUGUAGUAAAGCUGAAAGGAAUAACUGCUGCUGUAGGUGUCCUGUGCAAUAGAGCAAAAUCUUGGAAGCAUAUAUUGCAUCUAAACGUUUUGCUAAAGUGAAGUGUAGACUGUCAAGACAUAUCAGUGAAACUUGCCACAUAAUGUUACCUUUGCAUUUAAUUUGGCAGCAAAAUAGUCAGCAGUUUAGCCAAGAGAAUGGUGCCUGUUUCCAUCCCUGACACACCAUGCAGUGCAGUUGGCUUACCAGAAACAGGAUGUGCCUUGACUUCAAGCAUGCCUAGUUAGGCAUGGCUGUGAAUUUAACACGGUUUUGUAAAUGUGCAUUCUCUAGUACAUAGAGCUUUUAUUGAAAAAAAAUGACCAUGUUCAUUCAGCCGUUUUGUAUGCAUUGUUUUUAAUGCUCAAUUCAGUCUAAGUCAUUUCUUAAUUUAUUUGUGAUUUUGGUUCUGGAAUGAGUACUGCAGAUUAAGUUCUAGUUAUUGAAGUGUAUAGUCUGCUGUCACACCAAAAGGAGAAAUCAUCUUGGGUACAGCUGUAUGGCUAGGAAACUAUAAUCAAGGUAUCGGAGUUCUGAAGCAAUUUCGUUCUAGCAUUGGUGCAGCAACCUAAACCCUUGCCAAUCUGUGGCAGGAGCUGUAAAGUUAAUUUCUCUCUUAGUAUUUCAGAUAAAAAAAACUACAAAAAAAAAAGAAACUGAUUGUAGCCUUCCUUUGUAGCAAUAAGUCUGCACUAAAAAAAAAAAAAAAAGUUAUUUUACGAACUUUUUGUUUCUUCAGCAGUUUCCUGAUUUAAAGCAAAAAGUUGGGUUUGUUAGAACUUGGGUAUUUGAGACAUUUCCAGCACUUAGGGAUGCAAAAAAACCUUAGAACACAGUCCUUUCCAUGCUGUCGUCCUUCUGUCUUUGCUCUAAAGUGUUUAAAUGUAAAGCAUUCUUUGCCUCUUACUAGACACAGUGCAGUAGGUAGAUAUGCUCUUGUACCUUGUUUAGGGACUCGUCAGUAAAAAAAAAAAAAAAAGUAAAGUGUCCUAUGGUGGGAAAAGUCGCAGUUUCACCUGAAAGGCGAAGCAUCAAUUGCGAUAGCAAAUUUGUAGAGAGCUAUACGGAGUAAUGAUAUUAGCUUUAUCAGCUGUAUAAACUUGGACAUGCAGCAGCACCGGCAACACGCAGAACUGUUGUCGACGCCGUCGGCGUUUUGUCCGCGUUCGCUCAAAAUGCGUGCGGCGUUGGUGACUGUUGCCGGAGCCUCUGAUAUAAAUAGGCACUUGGUGCCGCAGCUAAACGUCACCUCCCUUCCCUCCCCCUCCCCCACGGCCUCUCGCGCGUCGGAAGAAGGCUCGUUUGCUCUACAUAUAUGGUGAUUGUAAAGGAGGAAAGAGACGCCUACUUCUGCAGCCCUUAAGGGAGCACGGCGCAGAACGCGCGUUUGUUCUCUGCCGUGCGUUCAUUCCCCGUAAAAGCGCGCGCCCCUCGCGCUCUUUCACUCGCACAUACAGCGUUCGGCGCGCGGCGCCGAUUUCAUCCCCAUUGACGUCAUACGGAACCUCACGGCGACGGCGACGCCGACGGCAGAAAUCUGCUUUUGAGUGUCCAUAUAAUUGCUAUCGCAAUAAUAAACAAAGGCCCCCAGCAUAAAAGCUCAAUGCUCUACCCAGUAGGCUGCAGGUGCAUGGAUACUUCUCUCCUUCCAACGGCAAGUUCUUUGAAACUAUUGGUGCGUGCGUCACGUAACAUAAUUUAAAAAGUGAGAGCAUGUGUACAUUCCUCACUUUCUAUUAGGCACAGGACUAAAAAAUCAUUGUCAACCUCACCGCUGUCCUUCAUUAGCGUCAUGCCACAUAGCAAUGAGUUGUUUAUAAAAGCGACAGUGCACCAGUAUCCCCCAUCCUUUGCUCGUUGCAGUCAGCUCUUCCGAGAUGCUAUGUGACAUUGCAAUGCCUUUGGGAUCGGCCCUCUUUUCCGCCAGUCCUUUCCUGUGGCGGCUAAUACUUUGGUACACCAUUAUGACAUUGUACUGCCUUCGAGAUCAGCCUGCAUCCUAAAGGAACAGGUUGUAACAUUUCUUUGCUGGAAUAGAAUAAUUCGGCAAUGCUGCUGCUGUCAUCACACACAGUUGCUUGUCUUGCAUAAACAUGUUGGCCCAUCUGGUAACGCUUUGCAGAACCACAAAUAAUGCUGGGUAGCCAGCUACCUGCAGAACGCCUUGCAUAAAUCUUUGCAGGGUGUGAGAUCUGUAUAAUAUUCUUUGCUCCCUAGGCACUGGAAAGUCUAAAAUACCUUCCUGAUUGUGCUGCAGCUCGUAAUGCUGAUCUACUAGUUCCAAAGGAAGAUCAUUAUGAACUUGCAGCUAUUCUGCUUUCACAUAAGCAUUCUGGCAAAUUUGCGUCAUGGCUUGUAUUGUGUUUUGCUCUUUCUUCAUUACUAAUCUCAUUUACCGUAAUUAUUGUAAAAAUUAACAUCUGCUUGGAUUCUUUGUUGAUGUGUUAUUACAUUGGCCUUUUUGUUAGCUUUCCUGAUGUUAAUAUUUUUGUACAUUGUUGUUUUUGGCUUGUAGCUUGUUUGCACUUAUUAAAAGUUUUAGUGGCCCCAAAUGUUUCUAUAGAUGGUUAGUGCACUUGAUGCAUGAUUGUAUGUUGUCAUAUCUUUUUUGUACUGCUGAAGUUGGUCUCAAGUAUAUUAUUGAAAGUGCGAGCAUCCACCUUUUUUAAGUGCCCUGGUAAUUUUAUCUCAACAUCAAGCAGUGUAUAUUAUGUAAAGUUUCAUAAAUGUAGAAUAAAAUUUUGAAAUAUCAUGGGCCGA